GGGAGGAGAGGCGGCUGGCUCCUGCUCGGCACUCGGCUUCACUCUGCCUCCGGCUCUGCGCUCACUUGCUGCCCAAGCCUCCGGCUCCGGCCUCAGGACCCCCAGGUGGGCCCUAAAACGCUGCAGGUCCGCAGACGAAAACCCCUAGCCCUUAUUCCCCGGCUCCCAGCCCCGGCAGCUCGCUACACCGCCAGGGGGCGCCGUGUGAGCGCCCUAUCCCGGCCACCCGGCGCCCCCUCCCACGGCCCAGGCGGGAGUGGGGCGCCGGGGGCCAUGCGGGGCCAGGGCCGCAAGGAGAGUUUGUCCGAUUCCCGAGAUCUGGAUGGCUCCUACGACCAGCUUACGGGCCACCCUCCAGGGCCCACUAAAAAAGCCCUGAAGCAGCGGUUCCUCAAGCUGCUGCCGUGCUGCGGGCCCCAAGCUCUGCCCUCAGUCAGUGAAACAUUAGCUACCCCAGCCUCCCUCCGCCCCCACAGACCCCGCCCGCUGGACCCAGACAGCGUGGAGGAUGAAUUUGAACUGUCCACGGUGUGUCAUCGGCCCGAGGGUCUGGAGCAGCUACAGGAGCAAACCAAGUUCACACGAAAGGAGUUGCAGGUCCUGUACCGGGGCUUCAAGAAUGAAUGCCCCAGCGGAAUUGUCAACGAGGAGAACUUCAAGCAGAUCUACUCUCAAUUCUUUCCUCAAGGAGACUCCAGCACCUAUGCUACUUUUCUCUUCAAUGCCUUUGACACCAAUCAUGAUGGCUCUGUCAGUUUCGAGGACUUUGUGGCUGGUUUGUCGGUGAUUCUUCGAGGAACCAUAGAUGAUAGGCUGAAUUGGGCCUUCAACCUCUACGACCUCAACAAGGAUGGCUGUAUCACCAAGGAGGAAAUGCUUGACAUCAUGAAGUCCAUCUAUGACAUGAUGGGAAAGUACACAUACCCUGCACUCCGGGAGGAAGCCCCAAGGGAACAUGUGGAAAGCUUCUUCCAGAAGAUGGACAGAAACAAAGAUGGUGUGGUGACUAUUGAGGAAUUCAUUGAGUCUUGUCAAAAGGACGAGAACAUCAUGAGGUCCAUGCAGCUCUUUGACAAUGUCAUCUAGCUCCCCAGGAGAGGGGGUCAGUGUGUCCUGGGGGACCAUGCUUUAGUCCUAGUCCAGGUGAACAUCACCCUUCUCUUCCCAGGCCUGUCCUCAUCCUAGCUGUACCCUGGGGGGCUAUAGGAUCCAAGAGCCCGAGGCUUCAGUAGUCCACAUUGCUGGAGUUGAAGGGGCUAGAGUGGGUAGUUUAUCUUGUGGGUGUUCCCAGCUCCAGCAGCUCUCACCCCUUCUUGCCUGACACCCAGUGCUGAAGGCGUCCCUGCUGUAGGAAUUGAAUGGUUUCCCACCUCCCAAUCCUACUCUAGAAACCACGACAUUAGACCGAAUGUCUCCUGCUAUGGUGCUUCCCCAGCCCCUACGACUUCUCAGAAAAGUUCCUGUCCUUGUCACUGGCUGGCUUUUCAAAUCAGCCUGUGGGAGAGGGAUAAGAAAGUAGAGGCAGAAACCAUGGACCUGAGCCAGUGGUUUGGUCCUGGGAAUUGUCUGAGAUAGAAAACAGAGAGCCCUCAUGAGCGCCUAGGCAUGCUGAAUCCAGCUCCCAGGUUGCACAGGUCUGCGACCCCAGACCAUCAUCUAGACUUUCGGUUGGCCUUAUGUUCUUAGAAAUGUCCCAGAAAUUUCCCAUACAUUUCUUAGUGCCCUAGGAAUGUGUCCUGGGGUCAAGAUGUCAGUUUCAUCCCUGGGCUUCCUUCUCCUUCCUCCUCCUGGCUUAUAAUGGUGGGAGUGAUAGCAGGGGAAGACGGGUGGACGUCCUGACUGAUCACCUGCCAAAGUUUCAUCCUACCCUCCUUACCCAUCACCUGUUUUGAUGGCUAUGAUUUGAGUCUUAAUGUGCCAUGUCCUCUAGAUAUGGAGGCAUGGAAUGAGUCAGAGCUUUUCCUGAACUUGGGUCCUAUCAUUCCUCCCAGUGGAUGCCUUAGGAGAACAGGGAAGGAGGAAGGCAGGCACAACAUCUGAACCAAUGGGGAGGGGAGCACACUCAUCAGACUCUUUGCCCAAUGUAGGCUCUACCCAACCCUCCACAUAGCCUCCUCAGUUCUCUAGGGUCACCUCUUCCUCUGCUCAGUCUACCCAGAGAUGUCCUUGAGCACACCUAGAGGUCAGGGACCACAGAACCCACCUCAUUGUCAGCAUCCCUGCCAUGCUGCUACCCUUAAUAUCCCUGCUUGCUCACCCUCCCAGUCAACUAGAAUCUGAGGGAAAGGGCCCCAGGAACCCCCUGUCCCAUCAGACAUUGUUGACUGCUUUGCAUUUUGGGCUUUUCAACAUAUUUUGUAAAAUAAUAAAUAAAAAUACACCAGAUCCAAUAAAACACAAUGGCUAUGCA